AAUCCCGAUGGCCUCCUAUUCCCGGACAGAGCGACACUCUUUAUCACUGCCAUCGAAGAUCGUCAGUACAAAGACGACAAAAUCAAUUGGUGGGACGAUGUCUACGGCUUUGACAUGAGUUGCAUCCGAAAGAUAGCGAUCGCCGAGCCGUUGGUCGAUGUGGUGGACGCCAAGCAAGUGGUGACCACUAACUGUUUAAUCAAAGAAGUGGACUUAUAUACCGUCAAGACAUCGGAUUUGGCGUUUAAGGCUAACUUCCAUUUGCAAGUCAAGAGAGACGACUACAUCCAGGCAUUUGUCACGUACUUCAACAUCGAGUUCUCCAAAUGUCAUAAACGCACCGGUUUUUCAACCUCCCCUGAAUGCGGUUAUACUCAUUGGAAACAAACCGUCUUUUAUAUCGACGACUAUUUGACUGUAAAGCGCGGC